CCUCCGUCCCAUCCAGAGCUGCGUCCCAACCGGCUCCCCGGCGGGAAGCGAAGACAAACGGGCCAGAAGAAGAACCCAGCGUCCCUCUGUAAUUAAUUAACACGAUUCUGAAACAAUGGAUGAGUGAGAAAAAUCAGAAAAAAUCACUGAAUUCCUCAGAGAAACGCCGCUAGCGCACCGAGGAAACUUUCUGCCAGGAUUUUCCAUUUGCUGAGGAUUGUAAUUUUCUUUUUUUAAUACAAAUAUAUAUAUAUUUCUCCCUAAAAAAAACCAAACAUAAACUACAGUUUUAGAUAUUUUUCUGCUUUCUGAAGACUUGUGUUGGGGAUGUUGAGCUCUGUGAAGAUGGAAGCGCACGAUUUACCAGAGUGGAAUACCUUUUACAGCGAGGCCAGCGAGAUGUAUUCCUCUCCCAGCACCAUGAACCCCGGGCUGGGCUCCAUGAGCUCCAUGAGCUACAUCAACCUGAACCCGGCCACGGCCUCCCCGGCGGGCAUGAACAUGGCGUACCCCAGCUCCAGCCUCAGCAGCUCCUCCCUGGCCUCCAUGGGAACCGGGCCCAGCCACAUGUCUCUGUCCCCGGUGGCGUCCUCCCUGUCCUCCAGCAGCCUCACCCCCCUGGGCUCCACCGCCCCGGCCUCCCUGGGCUCCCUGUCCCACUACCAAAACAUGAGCCAGUCCAUGAGCCAGCUGGGGUAUUCCCCCGCCGGCUCCCUAAGCCGGGCUGGACCCAAGGAGAUCCCGCCGAAGCCGUACCGGCGCUCUCUGACCCACGCCAAGCCGCCAUACUCCUACAUCUCCCUCAUCACCAUGGCGAUCCAGCAAAGCAGCAGCAAGAUGCUCACCCUGAACGAGAUCUACCAGUGGAUCAUGGACUUGUUCCCCUACUAUCGCGAGAACCAGCAGCGCUGGCAGAACUCCAUCCGCCACUCGCUGUCCUUCAACGACUGCUUCGUGAAGGUGGCGCGCUCGCCGGACAAGCCGGGCAAAGGCUCCUACUGGACUCUGCACCCUCAGUCCGGCAACAUGUUCGAGAACGGCUGCUAUCUCCGGCGCCAGAAGCGCUUCAAGAUCGAGGACAAGGCAGCCAAGAAGGGAGCCAAGAACCAGGAGGGGGCGUCGGGGAAGGGAGACCGCCUGGGGGAGGAUCGGAGUCCGACCGGCGGCUCGGAGGGGGCGGAGUCUGCCCACUCGGACAACUCCCACCCCAGCUCCUCCGACGACCAGCCGCACCAGAGGAACACUCUGGUCUCCCUGGACUGCCCCCCGCUGUCCUCCUCUCACCUCCACAGCCCGCCGGCCUCCUCCGCCUCCUCCUCCAUGUCCCUCUCCGGAUCCUCCCCCACCUCCAGCUCUCUCCUCCACUCCCAAACUUUGGCCGGCGGCUCCCACCUGCUGCCCAGCGCCAUGCCGCCGCACAUGGACCUACAAAGCGACCCGCUCAAGUCGCUGGACCCCCACUACAACUUCAACCACCCGUUCUCCAUCACCAACCUCAUGUCCAAUGAGCAGAAGAUGGACCUCAAGUCCUACCAGGACCAGUUCAUGGCCUACAACAGCUACGCCAGCAGCUCGCCGGUGGGAGUCAAGCAGAUCUACGACAGCUCCAGCCCGGCCGCCAUGGACUCCGGAGCAUACUACCAAACGCUCUGCAGCCGCUCGGUGCUCAACGCCUCCUAAUAAGGACAAACACACACACACAUUCACACACAGACCUUUCUGCAAACGGUGAACCAAGAUGGAGGCCUCUCUUUCUAAAAUGGACACCAAAGCUCUUCGAGGAACCGGAAACAAACUGUUUGCUUUUCUCAAAGAAGGAGACUGUGUGUAGUUACACAAGAAGCGAUGAAGAAGAUGCAGCUAACUACUUUCAUUACAGGCAGAGUUAUUCCAACACCAUUUGUGGCGCCCGCUCUAGAGUGGCACCCCUACACUGCAAAAACACAAAAUCUUACCACUUACUACUUAGCAUUUUUGUUCUAGUUUAUAGUGCAAAUAUGUCAGAACACUUGAAAUAAGACAAAACUAACUUACAAGUAAAUUUUAAUCAAGAAAAAGGAGCUUGAUUCAGUCAACAAUUUUUGUUGAAAAAGUUCUAGUUCCACUGCAUCGUUACCUAGCAACCCCAGCCAAACCCAGCCCGUUACCUAGCAACCCAGUUCCAGUUCCAGAUUGUUUCACUUAUUACAUGGGAAACAUGUCUCUUUAAAAGCGAAAUAAUCUGCCAGUGGAACUAGAGCUGUGUUGCUAGGUUACGAGUUGGGCUUAGCUGGGGUUGCUAGGCAACGGUGCGGUGGAAUAUUCUUUUUCAUAAUAUUAAGGAAUUACUGAAUUAAAAGAAGCGCCUAGCCUAUAUUUUGCCGAAAAGUUGCUCAUUAGUUUUGUCUUGUUUCAAAUGUAAUAAGAUAUUUGCGCUAUGACUUGGAGCAAAAAUACUUGGUGAGAUUUUGUGUUUUUGCGUCAGAUUCUGUCUCUGCAGGGCGAAAAUUAAACCUGUAUACAGUGUCAAUAAAGGGAACACGCAGGGGGUUGAGGAUGAGAUUUGUGUCUAUUUAUGAAGGGAAUAAAUUUUAAUAUAUCUUGCACUGGAAAAAGAAAACGGGUAAUCCAACUUUU